ACAAUCAUACUCCCGAACUCAGGAGCUCAUUUCAUGGGUAUGAAACCAAAUCACAACUGCAAUCACACCAAGUCACCAACAUAAACCCAAUAAUUUCUCAGCGUUUUUUGCUCUUCAAUUAAAUUUCUCUCCCUCUUUCAAUCUUCCACAAAUAUCAUAUUCAUGGCAUCGCUGCUUCAAUUUUUUCUCUUUUUCGCAUGUACGACUUCUUUCUGGAGUUGUUCAGCUGAAAUUAGCCGAAAGGAAUUGAGAAGUAAAGAAACCGGCCAACAAUCAGGCAGGAUAGAUCCAUCAAGAGUUGUCCAGUUAUCAUGGCAACCAAGGGUCUUUGUUUAUAAGGGUUUUCUCUCGGAAGAAGAGUGUGACCAUCUAAUCUCUCUGGCACAUGGACAGAAAGAAGGUGUUAACUCUGUGAUCAGUAACACCGAAGGACUAAGUGCAAGAUCAUCAGCCACUUUGGAUGGGAAAGAUGAAGUAGUCGCGAAAAUAGAGCAAAAAAUUUCAGCGUGGACUCUUCUUCCUCUAGAAAAUAGCAGGUCAUUACAAGUCCUGCAUUAUAAGCAUGAAGAUGCCAAGCAAAACUAUGACUAUUUUGGAAAUAAAUCUUCCUGGCAAGUUGGUGAAUCAUUGAUGGCAACCGUAAUUUUGUAUCUUUCAAACGUUCCUCGAGGUGGUGACAUAACCUUCCCUGAGUCACAGCUCAAAACCUCACGACUGAAGACCAAAGUGUGGCCGUACUCUACUAGUCAUAACCGUUUGCUUAAACCUAUCAAAGGCAACGCUAUUCUAUUUUUCAAUGUCCACCUCAAUGCAUCUCCUGACAAGAGCAGCCACCAUGAGAGAGAUCCUGUUCCUGAGGGUGAAAUGUGGUGUGCCACCAAAUUCUUCCAUGUCCGAGCAAUAAGUGAGCGAAACAUUUCAUCUGAAUCAGCAGAUAGCGAGUGUGGCGAUGAAGAUGAAAGUUGCCCGCAAUGGGCUGCCAUUGGAGAAUGUGAAAGAAAUUCAAUAUUUAUGGUUGGUUCUCCUGAUUAUUAUGGGACCUGUAGGAAGAGCUGUCAUGUAUGCUGAUGCAUCAAAUCGUCGUGAUAAAAACAAAGUUGGUCAGGUUUUAGAUGUGUUUUUCUUUCUCUCUUUUUUUGAAACCCAUUUCUAAAGCUGGUUGAUACUUGAAUACUCCUUAUGUACAUUUUUGUAUGCAAAUGGCAGAAAAGUCAUUGGUGCAAGUCUUUUUCUAAGCUCAUUAGCUUCUCACUUUCUUUGAAACCAUAUGUUAUUGACAUUAUCUUUCGUCGAGAUACUGGUACUACAUUUUCAAAUAGUUUGAUUUUGGCAAA